AUGCAUCGCAUCCCGCUAUCCGGGGAUUAUCUUCCUCUUACGUUCGGUGACGGACGGCGACGCUAUUUAUCAGUCGAACCAGAACCUGAGGUUCUUUGUGACGACCUUAUUGGUCAAUCUAUUUCAAGUAGUCAUAAGUCACUUCUUCCAGAGGAGCUUUGUAAGUUGGUUCAAAGCGCCGAGCUGUUGCACAUCAACAGACUGCUCCUGUGCUGGUUCAAGGCUUGGGAUCCCUGCGUUUUUGGGAUAGAGUCCAAAAUUCCCAGUGCAACAGCGAAACACCAACGGGAGUCCGGCGACGCUGGAGUUGAAAUGCUUGGCAGCCAUCUGCAGCAGCCAUUUAAAAAACAGGAAGCAGAGGUUACUAUUGCCCAGCUGGAUCCCAAAGAUGGCCGUAGACCCUACUAUCGUAUGGUGUUGAUUUCGGGUCCACCGGGCCUAGGCAAAACCACACUUGCUCAUGUGCUUGCACGUCAUGCUGGGUACCAGGUCGUUGAAAUAAAUGCAAGUGAUGAUCGCAGUCCCAAUGUGAUACGCGAACGAUUGGAGGCCGUGGUCUCAAGCCAGAGCAGCUUGAACGCCUCACGUGGUGUCGGUCAUUGCAGCGGAGAGGCUCUCAAACCGUCUUGCCUGAUUAUUGAUGAAAUCGAUGGUGCGUUGCCUGCUACCGUGGAGGCCCUGGCGGAGGCGGCUGCUGAGCCCAGCCGUCAGGAGCGGAAACGUGGAAAGAAAAAAUCUGUUGUGAUACGACGUCCUGUCAUCUGCAUCUGCAAUGAUCUGUAUUCGCCAUCCCUUCGCGCUUUACGAGCACCUGGGGCUUCGUGCUACGUAUUACGUCUUCCACCCACUGAUUUGAACCGCCUUGUUGGUCGUCUCGACUCGAUCGCCAUGGCUGAGAACAUCAGUGUGGACAAGCACUUCCUUUCCAGCCUUGCUGAAAUUAGUGGACGCGAUAUUCGUUCCUGCCUGAAUGUUCUUCAAUUUAUAAAGGCAACGCAAAUGCAUCAUAAACGCGACCUCUCGAUGCAAGAAUUGAUGACUGACCUGGAAGGUUCAAUUAAAGACUCCCAACACAAUCUCCUGUCUGCUUGGCAGGCCGUGUUCACCAUACCUUCUGCCCAGACCCUUGCUCGUCGUGUAAAUCAAGUAAGCCGGGCUCGAGUGAGGAGCCAAGUCACGGGAACCGGGAGUGACAGCAGUCUCCAAGCUCGGGUCCAACUAACCAUGGAAAUCUGCGGCUCGGCCGGGGAUCCUCAGAAUCUGGUCUUGGGGUUGUUUGAAAAUUACCUUAAUCGCAGAAUGAAAGACGCAAGUUUGCAAAAGGCCCGCAACGCCUCAGACUGGCUAGUCUACUCAGACCUACUUUUGCGAUAUGUUUCUUCCACUCAAGACUACAAUUUAAUGCGUUACCCGUCCCUCCUUCCUGCGUGGUUCCACCUCGCCUUCGCAAGCACAGAGCCCACUUUGAUGGAGUCACGUUGGACUCAGAAGAAGACCUCUGGCGUUAACCAUUCGGCUCUGCGUUGGCCAACUUCUUAUGGCGAGAACGUCGCUACCGCCAACAGAGUGCAAUCGGUUGUGGACAGUAUGGUGGAAAAUCAGUGGCGGGCUGGAGGAAGCUCGUCAACGUUGACUAGUCUUCGUGUUUUAACUCGCCGACAAUUCCUUUUGGAUGCUUCGAGUUACUUACACAAGCUGGUGUGUGCUAUGUCGUUGCCUCUCCGUCCCGUUAAUGUCCAAUUAUACAACGCUCUCGAGAAGCAGCAUUUGGCUCACUUGAUUGGUAUUCUGAUCACAGUCGGCUUGGAUUGGCUCCCACACCACGUUCCAGAUACUGGCGAAUCUACUUAUCGCCUAGAACCGCCAUUGGAUUUCGUAUCGCUAUUCACGUCGUCAGCACUAAAGUCGUGUGAAAUGGAAGCCUUGCCUUAUGCCGUAAAGCAGAUGCUGGCGCGCGAACUCGCCCUGGAGCGUAUGCGCCGCGCUGAGGCCGUGUACAACACACCCGCUGCGCCUGCGGACAAAGAAAACGCUGGAAGUAACACCACGACGAAGUUACCUCCAAUUGCUGCAGAGAGGAAACCGGUGACAAUGUCCGAUUCCUUUAUGGCUGCUCGACUUGGUCCCAAUGUUGCUCCGCUAACCCUCACAAAUGAAAAAAAGGUUAAAAGUGACUUGUUUGGCCGCCCGAUCGUCGAAAAAUCCCGAGAAACCGUUCAAAAUGAACGAAAUCGGGAGGCCUCCAAGUGUCCUAUUAAUAAUUCUAUCUGGUUUAAAUUUAAAGAAGGACAUUCGAAUGCAGUCCGCCGUCCCUUCCUCAUGGAUCAGCUUUUUAAAUAA